AGUCAUGGCUGCAGAGAACCCCGUGGAAAGUCUCCAGGAGGAAGCUACAUGUCCCGUCUGUCUGGAGUAUUUCACAGAACCUGUCACUCUGGAGUGUGGGCACAAUUUCUGCCGAGCCUGCAUCAGCCAGUGCUGGGAGGGAUCCGAUACAGCCACCUCCUGCCCUCAGUGCAGAGAAACUGUGCAACAGAGAAACCUCAGGCCCAACAGGCAGCUGGCAAAUGUUGUAGAAAUCGCCAAGCGGCUGAGUUUACAGGCGGCAAAGGGAGCAGGAGGGGACGGGGUGUGUGGGGAACACCAGGAGACUCUGAAACUGUUCUGCGAAGAGGAUCAAACCCCCAUCUGUGUGAUCUGCAGAGAGUCCCGGGCUCACCGUGCUCACACUGUGGCUCCCAUACAGGAGGCUGCCCAGGAGUACAAGGGAAAAAUCCAGGCCCAUUUGCAGACCCUGAAGGAAGAGAGAGAAAAGCUGCUGGGAUUUAAAGAGGCUGUAACGAAGAGAAGCCAGGAGUAUCUGAAACAGACAGAAACAAAGAGGCAAAAGAUUGUGUCUGAAUUUCAGCAACUGCGGCAGUUCCUGGAGGAACAAGAGCGACUCCUGCUGGCCCAGCUGGAGAAGCUGGAUGAGGCAAUUGUGAAGAUACAGAAUGAAAAUGUCACUAAACUCUCCGAGGAGAUUUCCCAUCUCAGUGAGCUGAUAGGUGAGAUGGAGGGGAAGUGUCAGAAGCCAGCGAGUGAAUUCCUGCAGGAUGUCAGAAGCACCUUGAGCAGAUGUGAGAAGGGGAAGUUCCAGCAGCCAAGGGAGAUUUCUCCUGAACUGGAAGUGAGACUCAGUGAUUUCUCCCAGAAAACUAUUGCUGUAAUGGAGACUCUGAGGAAGUUCAAAGACACUCUGCCGUCUGCACUGGAAACACCAAGAGGGGAACCCCUAGGAGCACACAGACAGGUGAAUGUGACUUUGGAUCCAGACACGGCUCAUCCCAUCCUCGUCCUGUCUGAGGAUUGGAAAAGUGUGAGAUGGGGAGACACGCGACAGCGACUGCAAGAUAACCCUGAAAGAUUUGACUCUGAUCCCUGUGUGCUGGGCUGUGAGGGAUUCACCUCGGGGAGACAUUGCUGGGAGGUGGAGGUGGGGGAUGGGCGAUUCUGGGCUGUGGGGGUGGCCAGAGAGUCUGUGAGGCGGAAGGGAGAGAUGAACUGUAGCCCUAAGGGGGGGAUCUGGGCUGUGCGGCGGUGGUGGGGUCAGUUCCGGGCUCUCACCUCCCCUGUCACCCCCCUGCCCCUGAGCUGGGCCCCCAGCAGGAUCCGGGUUUGUCUGGACUGUGACCGGGGGCAGGUGACAUUUAUCGAUGCUGGUGAUGAGGCCCCAAUCUUCACUUUCCCUCCGGCCUCAUUCAAUACGGAGAGAAUUCGACUCUGGCUACAGGUCUGGGACCCAGACACCCGGCUCAGACUGUGUCCCUGA